AUGGGAGAGCGCGGCCGGCAGCUGCUCCAGCAGCUGCCCGCGAAGCCCCGGCGCAACCUGGACGCGCUCCGGCGCGUGGAAGCGGAGACCAGGGAGGCCAUCGAGAAAGAGAUGCAGAGAAGGGCCGAGCUGCCCAAGACGGAGCCCAUCCGCACGAAGUCGGAGGUGGUGCACUUGGACACCCUGGACUCCGAGGAUUGGCCUUCGAUCCGCCCGGACCGGUUCGAGUCGCGGAAGCUCCGCGGAAGCGCGGCGGAAGCUUAUGACUAA